AUGGUGAAGAACAGAUGCAAACAGGAAGGUGGUCAAUGGACGUGUUUGGUGGUUGGAGCAAAAACGAAUGGAGCAGGUGGCGGUAUUUGGCUCUCUAUUGAUCUCUCAAGCACCACAACAGAUGUUUUAAGUAGUGAGUUAUGUAAAAGGCUUAAAGGGUUUCUUGCAGCAUGGCCUCCUUCAAGUCCCCAGCCUCAUUCAAAGAAACAUCGCAUUCACUCUCUCGACUCAACGAAUGAAGUGAAACGGCAACAACUUUCGUCGCCCUUAGCUUCUCUUCCGAUCAUCGCGUCGACUGCUUCCGGUUCGUCGAUAGCUUCCAAUCUCUCCUUCAAUCGACGGCGACAACUUCUGGUUCGUCGACAUCUUGUGCAAAGCUCUAUUGAUCUCUCAAGCACCACAACAGAUGUUUUAAGUAGCGAGUUAUGUAAAAGGCUUAAAGGGUUUCUUGCAGCAUGGCGUCCUUCAAGUCCCCAGCCUCAUGUCAAUGAACUUCUUAUAGCAAAGGGUUAUCAAGAACCAUGGAUUGAAGAUGUAGGUGGUUUGGUUCUAGUUCUCGGUUGUUUAUGGUGCGAUAGUGGUUUAGUAGCUGAGGGUGUGAUGGUGCAGAACAAAUGCAAACAGGAAGGUGGUCAAUGGACGUGUUUGGUGGUUGGAGCAAAAAUGAAUGGGGCAGGUGGCGGUAUUUGGCUCUCUAUUGAUCUCUCAAGCACCACAACAGAUGUUUUAAGUAGUGAGUUAUGUAAAAGGCUUAAAGGGUUUCUUGCAGCAUGGCCUCCUUCAAGUCCCCAGCCUCAUGUCAAUGAACUUCUUAUAGCAAAGGGGUUUUUUUAA